GUACAACAGCAAAGUCUAGAGUAACAUGUAACAGUUCCAUUAUCGUGGGGCUCAGCUCACGGAAAAGCUUAACCCGUAUGAUACCAAAACAUUUAUCUGCUUAUUAUCUUCCCUUCGUAAAGGAGUACAAGGUGGUUUAAUCCGUCUUGUAUUUUUAUGUACAGAAAGAUGGGUGUUGAUUUUGAUUUAACCAGAAAGGAGGGGUGAUUUUUGAACUACCGCAAAUACAUGUCGCAAAUGCCUUUUCCCCUGAUUUUAACGGAGUAUAUUUUAUUUUAGAGACCAAAGAGUAUAGUAGCAUCAAACAUCAACAUUUCCAACUAUUUAAAGUUAUCAAUCAUUUUAGAGACAGAAAAAACGAAAAUGAGUUAUAUUGCAGUAUCCAGGUGUCUGUGGCGAAAAGGAGAGUGGGAUGAAGAACACUCAAUUUUCUUGGUCCUUCCUACGCUGUCCCUAGCUUUCUCUCUUCAGAGUUCGAACUUCCUUCUUUAGAGUUCGAACUUGUAUUUUUAUUGGAUUAAGAACUUCAAUAUUCAUAUAAAACCACUUAAGCCACGAAUUUCCAAAAAUAAAUGACUUUCUGUUUCACUUUUGAUAUCAAACUUCUUAAUAUCGUAAUGGUCUUCUGUCACCAAAGUUGAAUUCAUUGCGAUAAUUUCACGUUAUGAAAUCAUCCAGGCUUUUGGCAGCCAUCUAUUAAAAUUGUGUUUGUCUUUGGCUAGCAAAAACUUGAUUGUUUAUUUUUGGCUUUUCUGUAGUACGAGCUUGUUGAAUACGUGAGGCAGGAGAGAUGUCGUUCUCAAAAUCUGUUUUACCACGCCCCUCAUGGUAACAUCGAUAGUCGCUUCACCAUGCGUUCCUCAGCUGAAAGUAAGUACCAAUGAAAUAUUUCGCUCAUCGAGGAGACAUCGCCUGUGAAAGGCAAAAUAUAAUGUUACAUUGGACAGGUAUCGCGGAGCAUAUUACGAUCCAUUUCAAAAGGAAGAAGAGCCAGGCACCGCGCAGCCAUUGAGCUAGCAGGGGCUACAGCCCUUCCACUUUUUUGCGAUAAUUAAUAUAUGUUGGAAAACUUUUUGGAAAGUUUACGCAAUAUUGAAUAGUAUACUCCUAAAUAGAAGCAGUUCUUCUUGGCUUCAAAACAAUUUUAUCUAUUCUAUAGCUAUUGAUAUCUUCUCUGAAACAGACUGUUUAUUAAACCCCAGUAGAGAUGAGCCAGUAUUUUCUAAAAGGGGCGUUUCCCGGCGUUUUAGAGAGCAUGGCCUCAAAACAAUUUUCGGUUAUGCCUUUUUCAGCCCUCCCACAUUUAGACCGGUGCGCGGUCCUGAGAAGAGCCCUUUCAAGUUGUAGCGGUAGCACAAUAGAUCGCAUGAAAUAAUGCACAAUUUUAUGCAAGUUCUGGUAUUUUCAAGAAAAAUUCAUACGUUCUGCUCUUCAUUCAUACAUUAACCUCGAACUAAAUAUUUUGCAUUCAUUGCUAACAUUUUAUUUACAAGUGCAGUUGCGGACUUGGCCUGCUGAAGAGACGAGACGACGCUAGAGGCUAACUAAUAGGAUUUUUGAACACAAACCCCCUUGUUUGCCCCUUGUUUGCCCCUUUGGCCACCAGUAACGCCAUCCUUUCCUGGACACUCAUUUAUGGUGGCCACACAAAUCGAAAACGAAAUCCCUCUCACUGGCGUGUUGUUGUACUAGCGGAAGUAGAGUCAUCAGUUCACAUGUCAAUAGUGUUGUGUCAACGUUGCCUUUCUUCGAAGAUGAUGUCCACGCGGAAAUUGGUUCAGCAAUAAAUCCUGGGUACAAUUCAAACGCCCAGUGAGAAAAGAGUCAAAAUGUCUGUGAGGUCAGAGGAAGAUGAGGACGAAGAAAUUUAUUUCCCUGAAGAGCUUGAUGAAUUUUACGAAAAUAAGUACACGAAACUUGGAUCAGGUGCAUUUUCCAAAGUUCUUCUUGCUGAGCACCGCGGGACACAAGAAAUGGUUGCUGUCAAAGUUAUGAGCAAAGAGAAACUAAAGAAAAAGAACAACCUUCAUCGAUUUAAGUGCGAAGUAGAUGCUCUAAAAAUUCUCGUGCACCAAAACAUAUGCCAGCUAUUUCAAGUUGUUGAAAGUGAUGGGUACAUUUCAUUGGUGAUGGAGCAUUGCCCUGGUGGAGAGUUGUUUGAUUACAUCGUUUCAAAGAAAAAGCUACCGGAAAGCGAAGCACGGAUUCUCUUUCGACAAAUUUUGUCAGCAGUUGCAUUUACUCACGAGCAUGGCAUUGCCCAUAGAGAUAUCAAGCCAGAGAAUAUGUUGUUGAAUAACGAAAAGUCAAUUAAGAUGAUCGACUUUGGUCUGUCUGUGAAACCAGUAAGUGGUCUAGGGGUACCACUUUUGACAAGGGUUGGCUCACCAGCUUAUGCAGCUCCUGAGCUAGUAUCUGGAGAGCUUUAUUACGGAAACCAGACUGACGUUUGGAGCCUUGGAGUUGCACUGUACGCCAUUCUUUGCGGUCGAUUGCCUUUUGAUGAAGAUACAACAGAAGAGCUGUACGAGGAAAUCAAGAAAGGAGAAUACUUCAAACCAAAGCAUCUAAGCAAAGGCAGCGCUAAGCUGAUCAGCAAAAUGCUUGAGGUAAAUCCAAAAAAGAGGAUAACAGUACCUGAGCUGCUCGAAGACGACUGGGUUACAAAUGGAAAGGAGCUGGAACGAGUGACGUCAGAAAGUAGCCUACCAGUGUCAUCGGUCGAUGAGAAGCUGGCAGAGCAGGUGGCAACUGCACUUGGUAUCAGUUUGGAAAAUGUAACCAAAAUUAUUGAAAAGAAAGAGUAUGACAACACAAUGGCGCAUUACUUAAUAUUGUCCAAAAAAAAGGAAGACGAUGUUCGAAAAUUUCAACUCAUUUACGGACUAAGCACGGAGAAUCUUGAGCAACUUCGUCUGCUUGGCCCGUCAAAUACAAAUCUAACAACACGACAAAGAUCCAAAACAGAGCAGCGUGGACUGUUUCGAAUGAUUGACGGCAUAGACACAGAAGAUGGCCGAUUUCUAGAUACUGAAGAAGUCAGUGGUUCAAAAAAAGGAAAAGGCCACUGGAGCCUACCAAGGAGGAAAAUCAGCUCACAGGAACCAAGCAGGACUCCUUUCUUGACUAUCAACGAGAGCCCACAAACACACACUUCACAAGAGCUAGAACGUCAUCAUCAAAACGAUUUAACUAAGUCAAGAUCAAUCACAAUUAAUGACUCGAAGUCAAGGUCAGGAAGUCGCUUAAACGAGCUUGUUUCAGCUGUUUUCAAACUGGAAGAAAAGCCGAGAAAAGUAAAGGGAUUUUAUCACAUGGGAAAUACAUCAACAAAAUACCCAGAAGAUGUCAGAAAGGAGUUGGCAAGAGUUCUUGAAAACCUUCCAUCCUAUUAUGAUAUAGCAAGCAUCACAAACCCCAAGAGAUUCCUUUUUCGUGUAAAAGCAUUGGACAGUGAAGGAAAGAAAAUGACGUGCGAAAUCGAAAUCUGUGCCAUACCCAAAGUGGAUAAUGUUGUGGGGAUUCGUAACAAAAGACUAAAUGGCAAUAUCUGGUUUUACAAACGACUUGUAGAAGAUGUAUUUACAGCGAUUAAAUUGUGAAUAAACUGUUCUAAGAAUUACUGUACUGUAUACCCAUUUGAUGAAUAGAUUUAGAUGUAGGUUUCUUAUCACAAUAGGUUUAUAAAAGAUCGGAAUUUGAAUGACUAGCAUCUUCAGUAUCAAUUUUACGCCGUUUUUGUUUAAACUCUGCCACUGGUUAAUCAAUGUCUAAAAAAUUUUCUUGAAAAUAUUUUGAAAUCUAUUCAAAACUGCAUCAAACAACCUUAGAAAUGAUGAAAUAGAUUUGAAAUUUGCUUUGGUAAGGAAAGAUCUUGGUCGAUCUUUUAGCAAGCUCAAAGCCAACAGCCUUGCCACAAUCAUAAUUUUCGUAUCACAUUUUUUAACGAAAGUCUCUUAAAAUUAAUUCUAGUGAGAGUCCUAUAAGAACUACUGCGAAAUGAUGAAGUUUAUGCGCAAAUACUUGCUGUACAGAGUGUUUUCGUACUACAUUCAGCAAAAUCACUUUUUUCAUAACUUUAUACGACAGCAUCAAUUCAUGUGUUUUGAUUUGGUAGUGACUGUUCUGAUUCAGUAGUAACAGUACUGAAUUCUUAUUUCACUAUGAAAUAUUAUACAUAAAAAGUACAAAAC